UAGGUGGGGACGAACUGAAGCUUAGUAUCUCUGUUUCAUCUUGUUUCGGAGUUUCAGCAAUGGUUCCUCAAGCUUUGUCAGUGCCCGCCAGCGCCAGCUUCACUAUAGCUUCUCGCUCCAGAACUCCCUCCCACGUUGUAUUUUCUCACAGAAACCCCUCUUCGGUAGCUUCUUCUUUUCAAAGCCCAUAUGGCAAUUCAUCAGAAGUUGGGUUAUCAAGUAAAAUUGGGGGCUUUCCUUUAAAAUUUGAUGAGAAAAGUAUCCAUGGUGCAAGCACAAGUUAUGGUGCAAUUGAGGCCAGUAAGGGGAAUCCAUCAAUAACACCAGCAGUGAUGACUCCCGGAGGACCUCUUGAUCUGUCAUCUGUUUUGUUCAGGAAUCGUAUAAUAUUCAUAGGGCAGCCAGUUAAUGCACAAGUGGCUCAAAGGGUUAUAUCACAACUUGUGACUCUUGCUACUAUUGAUGAAAAAUCAGAUAUACUGGUAUAUAUAAAUUGCCCUGGUGGAAGCACCUAUUCAGUAUUGGCAGUCUAUGAUUGCAUGUCUUGGAUUAAGCCCAAGGUUGGUACCGUGUGUUUUGGAGUAGCUGCAAGCCAAGGAGCUCUUCUCCUUGCUGGAGGAGAGAAGGGAAUGCGCUAUGCGAUGCCAAAUGCUCGCAUUAUGAUACAUCAACCACAGAGUGGAUGUGGGGGUCAUGUCGAGGAUGUCAGACGCCAAGUGAAUGAAGCUGUACAAUCUCGCCAUAAAAUUGACAAGAUGUAUAGUGCUUUUACGGGGCAGCCAUUGGAAAAGGUGCAGCAGUACACAGAAAGGGACCGUUUUCUGUCUGUUUCUGAGGCUUUGGAGUUUGGUCUUAUUGAUGGUGUCCUGGAAACAGAGUAUUAAUCACAAAUUAUUUGCAGGAUAUAAAUCUUAAAGUGGUUGAAAAUGUUAAUUUCUGUCAGAUUGAUAUUGUAGAGUUUCAUUAAUUAAUGAUAAUUUGCGAAUGUUGAGAAUUAUAUAUAUAUUUUUUAGUUCCCCGUAGUUGCUAUUAUUGAAAAUUACUUCCAUGGAAUGGUUUGA